AUGUUUCACAACGCACGCCCUGAUGGAACCUGGUACUUCUCAGGGCCGGCAGGGCAAGGUCAUGUUCCACGUGGAUAUCCGGUGACCAGUGCCUCCUAUCCUCUUUAUGCACCCACAGAGCUCGAUGAGGAAAUGGACUACGACUUCCUCGACGCUCCUGAUCCGCGUACGGCUUUCAAUAAGCAGUUUCGCGUCGCCCCUACUGCUAAUCUCACCCCACUUCUUGAAUCCUUUGCCAAGGCAGCAAUAAAUAUGCCAGAGCUCAAGGAAGCUGCCAUAUGGUCCCCUUUAGAAUGGUCCGGUAAAAGUUUCACAGGCAAUGAUAUUGAUUACUGGUCUAAAACCGAGGGCGAAUACGAAUACGACGACAAGAUGCUAUAUAGUCUGGAGUCUCUAGCCUGGGGUGUCAAAUACGCAGAGCCGGAACGACAUACAGAUUCCAGGUCAUGUCGUCGACUGCAGUGGGUAGUCGGGGAUUGGCAUCCUGAUGGAGAGCUGCGGAGCCUCUUUCAGGCGAUAGGGUACGCAAAACACGGUGUAGAGCUUGAAGAGGCCUGGACUGAAGGCCUCUUUAACGAUGUGGGAAGGAUUUCGGGAGUCGGCCACCGGGGUGAGUUUCGAAGGAUAAAGGCUUAG